AUGUCUAGCGGGUGGGUCAAGUCAUGGCAGUGCAAGUCUAAAGCUUUCGACGACGUUUACAACCCGACCAAAACCCCAAACCCGAAUCCGAAACGUCUAACGUCAAGCUACAGCUGCAGAAGAAGCAGACAGAACCUAAAAGACGUGAUCAACACUAAAAAACCAAAACCAAAACCCGACAAACCAGAAUCCGACCCGGUUUCAACCCGGAUCCGAUCAUCCAUAGUGCUUGACCCGCUUUUGCCGACGCUAACGGAGCUCGCGGAGGGGCACCAGUCUCGCAACGUGGUGGAGAUUAUCUUCAACACGAGCUGGGGCCCGAAGCCGUUUCCGGGUCGGGUCGAAAUGAUCUUCAAAGUGCAAAACGGGUCGAAAACUCUGACCCGGUUCGAGGAGUAUCGCGAAGCCGUGAAGGUAAGGAGCGUCGGGAAAUCGCGUGAGGAGAACGCGCGCUCCGUCGCCGACGGGAACGAGACGAUGAGGUUUUACUGUUUGGGUCCGAGUUACGGCGGCGGCGCGUGGGGGAUUCUUGGAGGAAAAGGCGGCGGCGCGUCGAUUUUUACGUUCGCCGGGAGUUGCAUGGCGCAUGAGAAGGCCGGUGGAGGUAAAGGGAGGAAGGCAAUGCUGGUUUGCCGAGUGAUAGCGGGAAGAGUCUCGAGGAGAAACGAGUUGAGGUAUGACUCGGUUGACUCGGAUGUUCGAACUCGGUUUGACUCAGUGAGUGGUGGUGACGGCGAGUUGGUCGUGUUUGAUACACGUGCAGUGUUGCCUUGUUUUCUCAUAAUCUAUCGUUUGUAA